AUGGAGAAGGAGUAUUUCCCCACUGAAGAUCGGCGACAAGUCCCACUGCGACAAUAUUCCUACAACUUCCAGCGCCUCGAACUCUCGGGUGACAUUAGGGAUUAUGACAUUCUGUAUCAGGCCUGUGAAGGGGUUGAUUGUGUUUAUCAUGCUGCUUCCUACGAAAUGUCAGUCACAGAACAACUUCACGAAGAUCAAAUUGAACCUGAUGGUGGAACGAGACAAGUUAUUGAUGGGUGCCUCCAACGAAAUAUUCCAUGUUUAUACACCAGCACAGUGAAUGUGGUCUUUGGAGGAUAACAGAUACACCAGGGGAAUGAAGGUACAGUACCAUAAGUACCUCUGGACAAGCAUGUUGGUCAUUACUCGAAGACCAAAGCUAUUGCUGAUCAGAUGGUGCUGGCAGCUAAAGGAGUGCCUUGGAAAGGUACAUGUAUCUACAAUAGUAAUUUGAAUUUAUGUAGUGCUUUACAUGUAAUAAAAUUUCCCAAGGUGAAUAUUGAGAGAUGACUGUUCAGUUUCACCUUCGGAAAUCCUGAUGCCAAGAUGAACUGGGUCCAUGUUGACAAUCUGGUGCAAGCUCACAUCUUCGCUGGGGAGAAACUCACAGAUGCUAAAGGUCACACAGCAGUGCUUCACUGCUGUAUAAAUCAGACUAAACUUACAGCAAGCAACAACAUAUUAGGACAGAUGAUCAAAAAACCUUUUGUCAAGAAGGUGUUUGAAGGAGCAACCAAAUUGAGCACCAGUGUGGUCACACGUACCUUCAAGAUAGGCAAAGGAAGAAAGCAACUUGGACAUUGUCCCAACAAAUACAGUUUUUCUGGCUCUGUUCAGUAUUACAUAAAAACAAGGCCUUAA